AUGCUAUGCAAGACAAAUGGACAGCGAGAGACGGGUGCGUCACCGGCAAAAGUUGCUAGUCGAAGCAACCACGACGGAGACGAACUGGACGGUGCCGAACGGGUCGGAGUGCGACGGAUUGGGUGGGCGCUACUCCAUUGCUUUCUGUGUAAAGCAACUCGGACGGAGAGACGGGACUGUGCCGUGCCGAGCGGAACGGAUUCGGUGGGUGCGCUCCUUUACGCGGUCGGCACUCGGCUCGACAGUAUUACCUUACCAUUUCCGCUUUCGGCUUUCGUUAAGAAAAAGCGCAUGAAAAAUAUUUCAUUAGAGACUCGUGGCAAAAGUGCUGAAGAUUUGACGAAUCUAAUUCUGUCGAAGCUAGAUAAAGACGGUCUUGACAUACAGAACUGCCGAGGACAGACAUACGAUAAUGCCGCGGUUAUGUCUGGUGUUCAUUCCGGCGUACAGAAGCUUGGAGUCCAUGCUGCUUCUAUUUCUGUUGAUUCGGUUACGUUUUUUGGAACAUUGGAACGUAUUUACGCGUUCUUUUCUUUCUCCUCUCAUCGGUGGACAGCCUUGUUGGAAAAAACCGGUCGUGGCGUAAAACGGCUAGUGGAAACACGCUGGUCUUCGAGAGAAGAAGCGACAAGUGUAAUCAAGAACAACUUCGAAGAUAUACUCGACGUACUGGAAUCUCUUUCACAGUCUUCGUCAGAAAAUGCAUCUACCAGGUCCGACGCCGGUAUUCUGUAUAACGCAAUGCAAACGUUGCCAUUUAUGUCCUACCUUGGGUUAUGGAGUGCGAUUUUGCCCGAAAUUAAUUCGGCUCAAGUCUACCUGCAAGGAAAAGGUCGAAACCUACACGACUGCGUUGUCAAAAUUCUUGCUUUGAAAACCUGGCUAGUAGAGAAACGUGAGGAUUUAGUUACUGGCGGUUCAGAAUACGCGAGAAAGAUAUGUGAAAAACUUUGCAUUGAUUUGGCACCUCGCAGAAUUUGUAGAAGAAAGAGGAUGGACGAUGGCAAUCCUGUUACUAUUGAACCUGAACCUAUUCUAACUUUUGAACAGAAGCUUGAACUGCAGCUAUACAAGUCCGUCGAUAAAAUCAUCGAAGAAAUUACCUCGAGAUUUAAGCAACUCCAAGAGCUAGAUAACAAGUUUUCUCUUCUAACACCGUCUAACCUACUGGAUCCGAACUUCGCCUGUGACCUGCAACAUGCGCCUUCGGAUAUCGAUCAGGACGAAUUCCGAAUUGAAAGGGAGAGGCUACGGCAUUUUAUUGAAGCUGGCAAUGAAGCAGAAGCUUUGAAAUUUCAAGGACCUUUGGAAUUACUGCAAUUUAUACAGCAAUUUGGUCUGGCCGAUUCUGUUCCGAACAUUGUGGUUUACUUGAGGAUAUUCUUAACCCUGGCCAUCAGCGUUGCAACUUGCGAACGCAGUUUUUCGAAAUUGAAACUGAUUAAGGACUACCUUCGUUCGGCCAUGAGUCAACUUAGAUUAUCAAACUUGGCUAUUCUUUCCAUCGAACACGAGCUCACCAACGCAAUAGAUUUCAACGCUGCAAUGGACGAGUUCGCAGCCUUGAAAGCUCGGAAAAUCAAGUUCUGA